GUAAGAGGGUGGCGGAUGAUCCGCCCACCCUUAAACGAUGAGUCUCCCGCACAGAUGACCUCAUGCUGGGAAGGAGGAGGAGGAGUCCAGCCUGGGCAGUCGAUUUACCUUGGUGCUGGAUCAAGUGGGACCAGAGUUUGUUGGUGUCUGGAGUACUGUCAAGUACUGGUGGACGUCUUUUUUUUUUUUUUGAAGAAACGGAAUAUACUGUUGCAUUCAGCAGACGGACACACUGUUGGACCACUGGAAAAGCGCUGCCAAAAACGACAUUGGAUCCUCUGUCUCUUCAGAGAGGACUCCAGGAGUGUUGCCAUGUUCAAGGCAGUAUUGAAAAAGAACAGAGAUGGGGGCAAGGUGAGCAGGAAGGAUUCAGGAGAUGUUCAUAGCCACAAUGCCCAAAGAAGAUACCCACCUGAAGGAAACCCACUAGCCCCAGGCUUUGGCAGCAGUCACCCUAACGUUCCAGAUGAUGUUUUCAGACUAAGCCUCGCCAAGGGAGCGUCUAUGUCUCUGCCCUCCUCACCUCUUCUUCCACGACAGUCCUACAUGUUGCCUUUACGGCCUAGCAAAAGAUCUCCAGGUCCAGUCAGGAAGCCCAAGUAUGUGGAGAGUCCUCGCGUACCUUCUGAUGCUAUUGUUUCAGCGUUAAGGAAAGUGGGCAAUAAUAAGGAGUCAACCCGCAAUGAGCGGCAAGUGGAGAAACAGCCAAGCUCCUCCUCCUCCUCCCCCGCCACCCAAGAACUGAUGACAAGGCUGGGCUUCUUACUGGGAGAAGGCAUCCCGGGUUCGGCGCGCAUACCUAUGGAUGACAAGAAUGAAAAGAAGGGUAUCAGCCCCUGCUCCACACUGACCAGCAGCACCGCAUCGCCCUCCACAGACAGCCCGUGUUCCACACUCAACAGCACCACGAGCCGACCCGCUCUAAGCCACACCAGCCCCUGUGGGACCAUCACCAGCCCGAGCUCCACGCUCGAGAGUAAGGAUAGCGGAAUCAUAGCCACCAUCACCAGUUCCUCGGAAAAUGAUGACCGCAGCGGCUCCAGCCUGGAGUGGAGCAAGGAUGGCAGCCUGAGAGGCAACGGUCGCCAUGGACUGGCGCAGACGAUGCGGGCUGACACCUGCUCUCCUGUGGCAGAGGAAGACUCCAACGGUGCUUCCGCCACACCCGCCGACACCACUGCCAGAACAGACCAGCAGCUGCAGCAGCACAGUAGCGUGUCGGCAUCGGCAAUAGGACCUCCACAACCACCAUGUCACAUGUCUGAGGGACCAAAUCAAUACUCACAACAGACAUCCUCUCUUCUAAUGAUGCCAAGGCCCAACUCUGUUGCAGCAACCAGCUCCACAAAGCUGGAAGACCUGAGCUAUCUCGAUGAACAGCGCAACACACCGCUGCGUACAUCCAUUCGCCUCCCCUGGCACAAUACAGGGGGAAGGCCACCUCAGGACUCUAAAGGUCGUUUCUCCCCCUACAAACCCGUGGACAUCAUGCUCAAGCCCCUGUUGUUCGAGGUGCCCAGCAUCACCAUGGAUUCUGUGUUCGUGGGCCGAGAUUGGCUCUUCCAGAAACUGGAAGACGUCUUGAAGGACAGAGAGUCCGCGGAGAGUCAUGGCGUCGUGGUAGUGGGCAGUGUGGGUUAUGGGAAGACAGCCAUUAUCUCCCGCCUGGUCGCGCUGAGCUGCCAUGGCGGGCGCAUGCGACAGAUUGCAUCCAACAGUCCUAGUGCCUCUCCUAAGAGUGGUGUAGGGUCAAACUCAGAACUUCCUCUCAGCCAGCCCCCGCAGCCCACUCCCCCCUCGAGUGCUACGAAUACAUUGAGGACCAAUAGCUGUCCAGGAACCCCUGAAAUGCAGCGCCGCAGGGAGGAGGCUGUCAAACGGCUGGCUUCAAAGGUAGUGGCCUAUCAUUAUUGCCAAGCAGACAACACAUACACCUGCCUGGUCCCAGAGUUUGUGCACAGCAUCGCCGCCCUGUUGUGCCGAGCACACCAACUUAAUUCAUACCGGGAACUCUUGCUGAAAGAGCCCCACCUCCAGAGCAUGCUCAGUCUGCGCUCCUGCGUCCAGGACCCCCUGGCCGCUUUCCGGAGGGGCGUCCUUGAGCCUCUGGCCAACCUUCGUAAAGAGCGAAAGAUUCCAGAGGAGAAUCUCAUCAUUUUGAUAGAUGGACUGAACGAAGCUGAAUUCCAUAAGCCUGACUACGGAGACACCAUUGCCUCCUUCAUUACAAAAAUCGUAACCAAGUUGCCUCCUUGGCUUAAACUGGUUGUCACUGUCCGUGUCAACUUGCUGGAGAUCACCGGCCUUCUGUCCUUCUCCAAGAUUUCUCUGGAUGACUUUAUGGACAAUAAAGAGAUAAGCAACGACCUCAACGCCUACAUCCAGUACCGCAUCAGUGGCAGCAAGGACAUCAUGAACAACAUAAGCCUCAACGGUAAAGCGGACCCGGUCACAGUGGGAAAGCUCAGCGGCCACCUCAUCUCCCGCAGUCAGGGCUCUUACCUAUAUCUCAAACUCACCCUGGAUCUAUUCGAGAGGGGCCACUUGGUGAUCAAGAGCUCCAGCUACAAAGUGGUGCCCGUCUCGCUGGCCGAGCUCUACCAGCUGCAGUGCAACAUGAAGUUCAUGACCAAUUCAGCCUUUGAUCGUUCGCUGCCCAUCCUCAACGUGGCCCUGGCCUCGCUGCACCCCAUGACCGACGAGCAGCUGUUCCACGCAAUCAACGCUGGCAACGUCCGAGGGGAGCUGCCCUGGGAGGACUUCCAGCAACGCAUGGAUUUGCUGUCGGGCUCCCUCAUCAGACGCCGCGACAAGACGCGCAUGUUUUGCCACCCGUCCUUCAGAGAGUGGCUUGUGUGGAGGGCUGACGGGGAGAGCACCGACUUCCUCUGUGACCCGAGGACGGGUCACGCUCUCAUUGCAUUCAUGCUGUCCCGUCAAGAAGGGAAACUGAAUCGGCAACAGACCAUGGAAUUGGGACACCACAUUCUUAAGGCACAUAUCUUCAAGGGCCUGAGUAAGAAAACGGGUGUGUCAUCCAGUGUGCUGCAGGCUUUGUGGAUCAGCUGCAGUGCCGACGGCCUCUCUGCAGCAUUAGCCUCUCUGAGAAACCUCUACACUCCCAAUGUGAAGGUGAGUCGUCUGCUAAUGCUGGGUGGAGCCAACGUCAAUUACCGCACAGAGGUGCUGAACAACGCGCCAGUUAUCUGCGUCCAGUGCCAUCUCGGCCAUCUGGAAAUCGCAUCCUUGCUGCUGGAGUUCGGUGCCAGCGUGGAGGUGGUGUCAGAAAACGGAAUGAACCCUCUCUGCUACUCGGCGGCUGCGGGACACCUGAGUCUUGUCAUGAUGCUCUGCAAGCGGGGGGCCAAGGUCGACCAUGUCGAUAAGAGCGGCCAGUGCGCUCUUGUGCAUGCCGCUCUCCGAGGACAUCCAGAUAUUAUCCAGUACCUGCUGGAGAUGGUAUGGAGCGCCGAGGGGCAGCAGCAGGACUGCACUUUGAAGAGCAGAGCCUUACAGCAGGCUUUGAUAGGAGCGGCCAGCAUGGGACAUACACAGGUUGUGAGCGGCUUGCUGGCAGUGAAGAAUGAGUACGCCGUGCAAAUUGAUAGCCACGACACUCUGUGGGGAGAGACAGCGUUGACAGCAGCCGCCGGCCGAGGCAAGAUGGAGGUGUGCGGCUUUCUGCUGGAGCAGGGGGUGACGGUGCAGCAGGUCAACCGGCGGGGGGUGUCGCCGCUAUUCUGCGCUGUCAGACAGGGACACUGGCAGAUUGCGGAGCUGCUGCUGCAGCACGGUGCAGACAUUAACGUCAGCGACAAGCAGGGCAGAACGUUACUGAUGGUAGCGGCCUGCGAGGGGCACCUGAGCACAGUUGACUUUCUGCUCUCCAAAGGUGCAUCACUGACUUCCAUGGACAAGGAGGGUCUGACAGGCCUCAGCUGGGCGUGUUUAAAAGGACAUAAAAACGUUGUACAGCUUUUGGUGGAGAAAGGCGCGGUGAUCGACCACACGGAUAAAAACGGACGAACUCCGCUGGACCUGGCUGCCUUCUUCGGAGAUGCAGAGAUCGUCCAGUAUUUGGUGGAAAGAGGGGCGGUGGUGGAGCAUGUAGACUACAGUGGCAUGAGGCCUCUGGACCGAGCCAUCGGCUGUCGCAACACGUCGGUGGUGGUCACCCUGCUGAAGAAAGGGGCCAAGCUGGGCCACAGAACGUCUCCUUACGAUCGAUCAGGCAACGCUGCUUGGGCCAUGGCCACCUCCAAGCCUGAUAUCCUCAUUAUCCUGCUUCAGAAGCUCAUGGAGGAGGGGAACCUGCUUUACAAGAAAGGCAAGAUGAAGGAGGCGGCUCAGAGGUACCAGUACGCUUUGAGGAAGUUUCCCAGGGAGGGCUUUGGAGACGACCUGAAGGCCUUCAAAGACCUGAGGAUCUCUCUGUACCUCAACCUCUCCCGCUGUCGCAGAAAAACCAAUGACUUUGGGAUGGCUGAGGAGUUUGCGACAAAAGCACUGGAGCUGAAACCAAAAUCCUACGAAGCCUAUUAUGCCCGUGCACGAGCUAAAAGGAGCAGCAGACAGUUUGCCACCGCCCUGGCCGACCUUCACGACGCCGCUAAAUUGUGUCCUAACAACCGCGAGAUCCGUCGCUUGCUGGCACGCGUGGAGGACGAGUGUAAGCAGAUGCAGCGGGCACAGACCACCAAAGGCGGCCCGGACGGUGCGGGCGCCGCCGCCGCAGGAGGUGGCAAUGGCGGCAUUCCACAGGCGGCGGGAGGCCACCAGUCGGACCAGGAGCACGACGACGCUCGGGAGGAGUCAUCGGAGUGGAGCCAAAGACACGCCUUGGAAGAGGAGGAAGACGAGGAAGACGAGCAAAGACAGUGCCGGUCGCUGGGAAACAACGCCGGUCAUCAUCCUGGUAGGCUUCCUCCUCAGCGCUACCCUCGGGACCACCCCCAUGGUCUGCUUCUCCAGCCUGCCAAGCAGGCGCAAAUUGUCAAGACUAGCUCACACGGCGUCAAAUCCCAGUACGCUCCCUCCAGCCCCUUACCUAGCCGACACAUGUCCGGCGUGCUGAAGCCCGGUCCAGGGAUCGACAUCAGUCCGCUCCCCGCGCUCGCCGACGAGCCGCUCUACGGGAAUCGGGUAACUCUGACGGUCAUGACCCACGGCACCGAGGCAGCAUCCUUUUCAUCGAAAGCCGCGUCAACGCACUUGGACGCGGAAAUCGCGGGGAACAUGCGCGUGUCCAGCUCCACCAGCAGCCUGGCGUCCAGCAGCAGCCAGUCAGACAGUGGGAAGAUUGGCCCGGACGUCAAGUCCAAACCGAGGCCCUUCAUGGGCGUCACCGACAAGACGGCGCGCUUCGUGCCGCAGAACCCACAGCCGGCCGCCCGCUCCUGGAUCAACCGCUCUGUCGAGGACGAUGACAUCGACGACGGCUUCGGAAAAACGGUGAGCGGCGCUUACCACGACCAGCACAGGCCGUCGCCGGCGUUACACAACGGGGCGCCUCACGCCAACCAGUACACUGACAAAUUCAUCUGUUACAAGGACGCCAAGUCCCUGGCCCGGGACAACCCGAGCCAAGCCCUGCACAUCACGUCCAUCAAGCCAAAGCGAUCAUUUAUCGAGUCCAACGUGUAGUCCGACGACCGUUGCCAAAUGUUCCCGCCCGUCCACCACGUAACAUGACGCUUCUGUUACAAGAUGGACGCUUUGCACUGAUGGGGGGCCUGUGUUUUUGUACCACAGUCAAGCGGACAUUCCUGUGUUUCAACAAGCUUUCUCCUCUUGGUUUGUAUAAAUACACUACUCACAAAACGUUAGAGAUAUUGGGCUUUUGGGUGAGAUUUCAGGAUGAAGCUAAAAGGCACUUUAACCUUUACAGGUGACAAUAUCCCUCACAGUGUCAUCAUUUAAAAAGUUAGUGAGUCACUAACCUUUUAAACAAUGACAUUGGGAUGAAUGAGAUAAGUUUUAUUACUUGUUGCCGAGUGUUCCAGUCGUUUGAAAAGAUUGACUCAAGUAGGGCAGACUUUGAGAACGAAAGAUACAGUAAAACUGAAGAAAUGGGGACUGCGGGUGGUGGGAUGCACAGUGAGCAGGGAGCAACUUGUUGCACAACUUGCUGUUCUCUAACAAGGAGCUCAAUGUCAAAAUUCACAAUAGGCGUUCGAUUCAUGAAUAGACUGAAACAUUUUUUCUGUGACUCUUCCAGUCCCUCUGUUGCAAACUGCUGAUGACACUAUAAGCUCAGUGGUCCCUUCACUCUGUAAACAUCCUGUCCGAAGCCACACAUUCUCAGAGGGAAGUGGCCACUGAGCUUAGAGAGUUAACAGUGUGUCAUAAACAGGUUGCGACAGAGAGACUGAAAGAAUCACAGAAAGGUACAGAGGUAGCCAUUGUCGGAAAGCUUCACAAAUCAAACACCCGUUGUGAAUUUUGCUGUUCAUUGUUUUUCGUUCAAGUUUAAAGAAGGUCAAAUUGAGUUGGCCAAGACCCCACCUAUCUUUGCUCGCUGCUCACCAUACAUACCACCACCCACACUCGCUGUUCCAGCAGUUUCAAUAACCUUUGUUUAAAGAAGAUCAAAUGAAGAUCACCACUAAAGGUGUGUUUUAGCUUCAUCAAGACAUUUCACCCCAAAGCCCAAUAUCCCUAACUUUUCAUGAGUAGCGUAUGUUGUUUUUCAUCCCAACUAUUGUCAUUUGUAUGCACAGUGUUGUUAAAAUUGUGUUAAAUGUUCUCAAGAGGAAAAAGAACCACACAGCGUUUGUUAAAUAUGUUUGUACAUGUUAUGAAUCAGCAUUAAAAGUGUUUAAAGUCUUUUUCUCUA